GCGCCUCUCCCCUCCUGCCUGCCCGCGGUACCAGCCAAUCAGCGGCCGGCAGCUCUUUGUUGUUGUUGCUGCGGCAGGACGCGGACAGGCGGCGAGCUGCGGGGCGUCGCUGCGCUUUAUCGCCCAACACCGUCGCUUGGCUCCAGUUGCGGGUUCCUGACAGCCGGAAGCUGCCAUGUCGGUGAACAUGGAGGAGCUGCGGCACCAGGUCAUGAUCAACCAGUUCGUCCUGGCGGCCGGCUGCGCCGCCGACCAGGCCAAGCAGCUGCUCCAGGCGGCCCACUGGCAGUUCGAGACGGCUUUGAGCUCCUUCUUCCAGGAGGCAAACGUUCCGGGUCACCACCAGAUGAUGUGCACCCCCAGAAACACUCCGGCCACGCCGCCCAACUUCCCCGACGCCAUCACCAUGUUCUCCAAGCUGCGGGCGUCGGAGUGCGGCCCCGGGGCCGCCGGCCCCUCCCAGGCGUCCGGGGCCUGCUCCCCCCCGCCCCCCUCCUCCUUCUGGGCCUCCUCUCCGCCCCGCCACCAGCCCGCCUGGCUGCCGCCCUCCUCCCCCACGGGCCACCGCCACUUCCACCACCUGCAGACCCCCGUGUGGCCCCCCGGCUCCCAGCCCAGCGGCCCCCAGCAGCCCGCCGUCAUGUCGGCGCUCCACGGCCAGAGAUGAGACCGGGGGCCGGGCCGGGCCGGGGGGGGCGGUAUGGACUCUGUGAGCCCAGAGGAACCAGAACCCAACGGAUUGCUUCCUGAGCAUCAGAACCACGUGUUCUGAUGCUGUUUCUGAAACUCUGACUCCCGGAACAGGAAGUGAGCAAUAACCAGCUGGACCGGCGGUCCUGGAGGUCCGGUCAGAACCGGAACCGGGCUCCAGUCUCUCCAGCGUCUGGGUGGAAAAUGACUCAAAGUUCCCAUUUAAACCGAUUCAUUUCAGCGUCUUUGUGUUUCUGAAUUUAAACGUUUCUUUCUUCUCCGCCGACUCGUCGCCUGCAGGUCCGUCUGCAGGUCCAACGGGUCGUCGGUUCCUGUCACUAAAACUGCUUCCUCUGGGUUUUUUUGUAGAAAAAUUUAACUAUUUGCUUUUUUUUUUUAGUGGAUUUUAUUAAACCAAAUCUAACUGGACUGAUCUCAGAACCUUGAAUGAGCAGAUUUUGGACCUCCUUGUUUGGACUCUGGUUCUUAAAUCCUCGACCCGUCCGUGAUCCGAGGCAGAACCUUUAUUUAGUGACAUGUGGGACAAAUGAAACACGGACCUCCUCAGUUUGGAGCGAGGGAGCAGUUUGCAUCCAGACCGGAUAAACGGAUCCGUCCAGAACCAGAACGAGGCUCGGCUGGGGACUCGGUUCUGUCUGCAGGACGCCGACCCGCUCUGGUCUCAGUGCAGUCCUGAAUGUAUUCCUGCUGCAAACAGACCGGCGCCGAGUUUGCCGUCGUCAGAACCGCAGCGUUCCUGCUUCACUCAGACAAUCAGCUGAUUUCUGUUGGUUCUGAAGCAUCGGACCGCUAGAUUUUCAGUUCUGGGUCAAACGGGAACCAGAGAACCUCCUGAUUUCAGGCUGAGCUCCCAAACUGGGACCUGCCUCUAAAGGACCGGUUCCGUGUUCUGCGCAGUUUCUGCAGAACCUUUAAUUCUGCGGGCUGUCAGAAAACGGUUCAGGUCUUCUCAGUGAAUCAUCGGUUUGUUUGGGUCACUGAUCCGGUUCAAAGAUCUGGAUCUAUAACCAUAGGCAGGAUGUGAACUGGACACCAGCAUCCAACACAUUCAGUUCACAGCCAACUUCUAACCUCAUCUAGUCGGUUCCGGUUCUGGUUGUUGAACUGCAGCUGAAGUGAGAGCAGAACCAGUGGACCGGUUCUUUAAAUGUGGAACCGGGAUGGUUCUACGGUUCUCUAACCAGCCGAGCUGUCUGUCUCAGUGUAAAAGUUUCUGGUUCCCUCUGAACGGCCCAAACUCCUGGUUCUGGUGUUGUGGACUCGGCCCGGGUUUCUUAUUGCCAACCGGAUCUUUUCCAAACACAGACGGAACAUUACCUCCGACCCAAAGGUCCGUUUACUUCCUCACUUUGUGUCGCAGCUCGUCUGGAUGUUCUGACACUUUUAGGAAAGUUUUGUUUCUCCUCUGCUGGACUUUGUAUUUAUAUGUGAAAUAAAAGCGGUUCUGAUCUGCUGCU